GUCAGGCAUGGCCAGUCGAAGGUCUGGCAACAGUGCACAUCAGCUGUUUUCAACCGCAUCUUGAUUUUGUAACAGUUUGGAAAAUUAUUUUUGAUCGAUUUUUUUUAAAUUAAACUGACAAGAUGCAAAGUCUAACACGUUUGCUGAGCACAACAUUGACCCUACAAACACCGCCACGCAUGGCGGCAGUGGGAGUGUCGUUGCAACAGAUGCGCGGCAAAACCAAAGUGGUGGAGAAACCAAAACCCGGUGCCGGGCAGCAAUUCCGUCGAACUGUGCACUUUCCGGAGGAGUACACUGUGGAGCCGCUGAAGAUCACCCACUUGGCGGGUCGAGAUCCUAUCUCUGGUCGCCUAGUGGCUAAAGGCAUUGGCGGGGGCAUUAAGCAGCAGUAUCGCUGGGUAAAAUGGGUGCGGGACGGUCCCAUGGACGGUGCCCAAGAGGAAGUGGUACUUGAGGUGAUCCGAGAUGGUUGCCGUACAGCCAAAGUGGCCCUGGUGGCAGUCGGCGAUGAGUUGAAGUACAUCCUGGCCACUGAGAACAUGAAAGCGGGCGAUAUCCUGAAGACCUCUCGACUAAUCCCGAGGAUUCCAGUGCGUCCCAAUGAAGGCGAUGCAUAUCCUCUUGGAGCGCUGCCCGUGGGCACCCGUAUUCACUGCCUAGAGAAAAAUCCCGGGCAGAUGUGCCAUCUGAUCCAUGCCGCCGGUACUUUUGGCACUAUCCUGCGCAAGUUUGACGACAAAGUUGUGGUACAGCUACCCUCCAAGCGGGAGUUUGCUUUCCAGCGCACCUGCAUGGCCACCGUGGGUCGACUCUCUAACCCAGAUCACAAUAAGGAGCAUGUUGGCAGUGCCCAGCGGAUGCGGGAGAUGGGCAAUCGUCCUCGGUCCGGACUGUGGAAGCGCAAGGAGGGCAAGCACGGUCGUAAGAUUCGGCGCCUGCCGCCCAUGACCACAAUAUCACCACCGGCGCCACCAAAGGAGGAGAUCAUCAAGCUGACGCUGCCCCUAUAAGGUUCUUCCUUUAAUUUCUAUGUGUCACACAAUAUAUUACUAAGAACUAGAACUAUA